CUCCUCGCCGAAUCUCGCAUCUGCGCAGUUGCUGUUAUUUGUGAUUGUCGAGCCGCAGUCCCGGAUGUUGUGGCUGCCGGGGGGAGAUGGCGGAGGUUGAGGGGGUGUCCGCGGCCCCAGGGCCAGCCUCGGGGUUGGCUUUCAGGGGCCGCCGAGCUAUGUCCGGCUCCUGUGAGCGUGACCAGCAGGUUGAGGCGACGCAGCGGGCCCUGGUGGAGGUGCUGGGGCCCUACGAGCCCCUGCUGAGCCGGGUCCAGGCAGCCCUGGUGUGGGAGCGGCCAGCCAGGAGCGCCCUGUGGUGCCUGGGGCUGAACGCGGCUUUCUGGUUUUUUGCACUGACAUCCCUUCGUCUUGUGUUUUUACUUGCAUUUGGCUUGAUCAUCAUUGUCUGUAUUGAUCAAUGGAAGAAUAAAAUUUGGCCUGAGAUAAAAGUGCCAAGACCUGACGCAUUAGACAAUGAGAGCUGGGGCUUUGUUCACCCACGGUUGCUCAGCGUGCCCGAGCUCUGCCAUCAUGUAGCUGAAGUCUGGGUUAGUGGGACCAUUUUCGUAAGGAAUCUUUUGCUUUUCAAAAAGCAAAACCCAGGCAAGUUCUGCUUGCUGAGCUGUGGGAUUUUGACCUUCUUGGCUGUCUUGGGCCGCUACAUCCCUGGGCUCCUGCUCUCCUAUUUGAUUCUUGUCGCUGUCAUGAUGUGGCCACUUGCUGUGUACCACCGACUGUGGGAUCGAGCCUAUGUGCGGCUAAAGCCAGCUCUACAGAGGCUAGACUUCAGUGCCCAUGGCUACAUGAUGUCCAAGCAGAGAGAGAGACAAUUGCGCCGUAGAGCUCUACACCCAGAACGUACUAUGGACAACAACAGUGACAGUGAGGAAGAGCUUGCUGCAUUCUGUCCUCAGCUGGAUGAUUCUACAGUUGCCAGGGAAUUGGCUAUCACAGACUCGGAGCACUCAGAUGCUGAAGUCUCCUGUACAGACAAUGGCACAUUCAAUCUUUCAAGGGGCCAGACACCUCUAACAGAAGGCUCUGAAGAUUUAGAUGGUCACAGUGAUCCAGAGGAAUCAUUUGCCAGAGACCUUCCAGACUUCCCUUCCAUUAAUGUGGAUCCUGCUGGCCUGGAUGAUGAAGACGAUACUAGCAUUGGGAUGCCCAGCUUGAUGUACCGUUCCCCACAAGGGGCUGAGGAUCCCCAUGCUCCCCCUCCCAGCCAGGGGGAGGCUGCACUGCCGGAGCUCCUGCUUGGUUCCCUUCCUGUGGGGCCCAACCUUACCAGCAACCUUGCCAGCCUGGUUUCCCAGGGUAUGAUCCAGCUGGCCUUGUCAGGAGCCUCCCAGACAGGCCCUGCUGGCCCACCUCCCCGGAGAGCAACAAGAGGCUUCCUCCGGUCUCCUAGUUCAGACCUGGACACUGAUGCUGAGGGAGAUGACUUUGAACUUCUGGACCAGUCAGAGCUGAAUCAGCUGGAUCCUUCCAAUUCCAGGAGCCACUAAGAAUACAAGAGACUCCUUUUUGGGAAUCA